AUGAGGGUUUGCAACAGAGGGGUGAUGAUGCUCCUCACCACGGCGGGGGCCUUCUGUGCCUUCAGCCUGAUGACCAUCGCCGUGGGCACCGACUACUGGCUGUACUCGCGUGGGGUGUGCCGCUCCAAGAACCUGAACGACAACGAGACGCUCCACAAGAACGAGGAGGUUCUGACCCACUCCGGCCUGUGGAGGACUUGCUGCACCGAGGGAAUAUUUCGAGGUGUCUGCAAACACAUCGAUCAUUUUCCUGAUGAUGCAGACUACGAGCAGGAUGCUGCAGAGUAUUUGCUACGAGCAGUUCGAGCUUCUAGCCUCUUCCCAAUCCUCAGUGUGGGGUUACUGUUUCUUGGAGGAUUGUGUGUAGCUGCCAGCGAGUUCUACAAGUCACGGCACAACGUCAUUCUCAGCGCUGGUAUUCUCUUUGUUUCUGCAGGUCUCAGUAACAUCAUUGGCAUCAUCGUGUACAUAUCAGCCAACUCAGGUGAUCCAAGUCAGAGUGACAACAAGAAGAGCUACUCCUAUGGCUGGUCCUUUUAUUUUGGAGCUCUGUCCUUUGUGCUGGCCGAGAUGGUGGGCGUCUUGGCAGUGCAUGUGUUCAUAGAAAAACACAGGCAGCUGCGCACCAAAGGCCGGCCUUCGCUUGUGAAGCCUCCCAUCUCCAGAAACUCUUCUUAUUACCGCAACCGUUCCUUCCAGAAUCGCAGCUGCCGCUACAGUUACAGGAGCAACCACAGCACGGGGGACUCAGAUGCACACGCCUAUGCAACUCCUUUGGGAUGUGACCAAGAGUCCCCCAUCUCUGUUCAGUCUAAAGUUGCUGACAUGACAGGUUUAUCCCCACCAGAGACUGUGAGUUCAGAGUUCCUGCUGUACACCAUUGCAUCACCUCUAAAAGACAGUAAUAUUCCCAUGGCUGUGAAUGAUCUGAUAACUGUAGCUCCUCACAACAACACAGAGAUCCUGCUGGGUAACUGUGUGUCCAGCCGAAAAACCACUCCAGUCUGAGAGAAGAGGAACCCCAGUGAGGAAGUGAAACACGUUUUCUGAUUUUUAUAGUG